GGCCAAACAUUGAAAAAUCAGUAAAAGACUUGCAGCGUUGCACUGUUUCUCUAACCAGAUAUCGUAUGAUGAUCAAAGAGGAAGUGGAUAAUUCAGUGAAGAAGAUAAAAGCUGCUUUUGCGGAAUUACACGGCUGCAUCGUAGACAAAGAAGUGUCAUUAAUGGCAGAAAUUGAUAAAGUUAAAGAAGAAGCCAUGGAAAUCCUGACUGCUCGGCAGAAGAAAGCUGAGGAGCUGAAGAGAUUGACAGAUCUAGCCAGUCAGAUGGCUGAAGCACAACUGUCUGAACUCAGGGCUGAAAUUAAGCACUUCGUGAGUGAACGGAAAUACGAUGAAGAGCUGGGCAGGUCUGCCCGAUUUUCCUGUGAUACAGAACAGCUGAAGACCCAAAUUCAACUCUGUGGAGAAAUUUCUCACCCAAAGAACAACUAUUCCUCAAGAACACCAUGUAGUUCAGUGCUGUCUUCAAUGACGUCACAUGCAACAGCUGGCAAGCAAAAUACGCACACCCGGAAGUCCUCUAGUAAUGCCAAGAACUCUGAUAAUAAAACAGCCAGCACUAAAGUACAAAGUCAUCUUUCUUCCAAUCCUACAGAAUCUUCUUCCCAAGGAACCCUGACAAAUAAGCAGAAUGGGCCAUCUAGCCAGAGACGAAGAUUCAACCCACAGCACCAAAACAUACGUCUCAAUGGAUCUCUUAAGUCACAAGGUGCCAGUAAUGAGGCAGAUCAAAAUAAUGUAAAGAGUGGUUCCAGGGCUGAACACAGAAGACAGCAGCAUAACAGCUUCAGAUCUAAAAAUAAAGGAGCUAUGAAAAAUCAAGAGCAGUCUGCAACUACAAGGACCAUAGAGAAUCCAACACAUUCAGAGAAGACCCGACGAAAGCAUCAUACACCAGACACCGCAGAUCACAGGCCUUUCCAAGGCAGUGUUGGCAGGGUGUCGCAAUGCAAUUUAUGUCCUGCAAGGAUGGAGGUCUCUGCUGAUGCCACUGUUCUUUCAGUGCCAGCUGUGACUUUGGUGGCUUAAAACGUCACGGUGAUGGCAGGCAGAAAAAUUUAAUCUCUUCACUUCAGGUUCUUGCCCAAGAUGCUUGUUGGUGAAGAGACUAAAUCAGAACAUAGUCAUUUUAAAUCUGUUGCUGCUUAAAACUUGUUGGUAUCUUUAUUACUUACUAAUUAGCAAAAUUAAUUCAUACUUUCAAGGCCAAAUAUUUUGGGCACAGUUAUUUUGUCAUUGCAGUACAGAAUCUUACCAAAGCAGCAUCUAAUUCAUAGAAAAAUGAAAUCUAGAUUGGAAAAAUAAAUUUAUAAUUAAAUUCAUAGUAGCAAAAUCCUGUUGUAGAUAUGUGGUUAUACCAGUCAACAUUAUUGGUUUUUAGAGCAGCCUGUGUUAGAAGGGUCACAGGAAGUCUGUAUGCUGUGGUCUGCAAUGAAAUCAGAUAAUCUUGUACAAUUUUUCAGCAAAUCUCUAUACACCUCUUUUUUUCUGUGCGUGUAUACACGUACAUGCAUGCACACUGUAUACACAGAAAGUAUUGUUAUAUACAAGAACAUUUGAAAAAGCAGUACAUCUGAUUUUAGCUUAUUAUUCCAU